UGUCCCGCAGGACAAGUCACGGUGCGGUGCGCUGCGUAUAGCGAUUACAUGCAAGUGGCCAUACACGAGAGUGAGCUUACCAUGUAUGGAGACUAGUGAUUGAUCAAGAUGAACAGCGGGUCACGAGAGGAACUCCUGGGCAGCAGCCAGGAGGCAAUGCGCAACAGCCAGAACGACCUGCGCAGCGUGGCUGAGAGACCCCUCACCAGAGAGGAGAAGUCCUACCUCCUCAACGCUGACAGAGGAGACUACGUCACUGUUCAGAGGUUAAUAGAACAGUAUGCCGACAAGCCCGACGUCCUCGACAUCAACUGCGUGGACCCUCUCAACAGGUCAGCGCUGAUCGCUGCCAUCGAAAACGAAAAUAUUGAGCUCAUCAAGCUAUUCCUAAACUCUGGGAUCAAAGUCAAGGACGCAUUGCUGCAUGCGAUCAAAGAAGAAUAUGUGGAGGCUGUAGAGAUGUUACUGCAGUGGGAAGAAGAGCACCAUGUCCCCGGCGAGCCUUAUAGCUGGGAGUGCAUAGACCCGUCGGCGGCAACAUUCACGGCUGACAUCACGCCGCUGAUCCUGGCGGCGCAUCGCAACCACUACGAGAUCCUCAAACUGCUGCUCGACCGCGGUGCAACGCUGCCCGUGCCCCACGACGUCAAGUGCGGCUGCGACGAAUGUGUCAAGUCGUUAACCGAAGACUCCCUCCGUCACUCCCAGGCGCGGAUAAACGCGUACCGCGCCCUCAGCUCCCCCUCCCUCAUCGCGCUGUCCUCAGCCGACCCCCUCCUCACUGCGUUUGAACUGUCGUGGGAGCUGGGCAGACUGAGCCGAAUGGAAACUGAAUUUAGAACAGAGUACAAGAGUUUGCGGCAUCUAUGCCAAGAAUUCGCCACUUCACUACUGGAUCACACGAGAACCUCACAAGAACUGGAGAUCAUGCUGAAUUACAACCCCUGGGACCUGGACAGCUGGGAACCUGGAGAACGACAGACUUUGGGCAGGUUGAAAUUGGCAAUCAAGUAUAAGCAGAAAAUGUUUGUAGCACAUCCAAAUGUACAACAGUUGUUAGGAUCGAUUUGGUACGAAGGAUUACCAGGGUUCAAGAGAAAAAGCAUCGUCGGUCAAUGUGUACAGGUUGCAAAACUAGGCGCCAUGUUCCCCAUAUACUGCACCAUAUAUAUGCUCGCCCCAGAAUCUGAAUUAGGUCAAUACAUGAAGAAGCCGUUCGUCAAAUUCAUCUGUCACAGUACCUCCUACAUGAUGUUUUUAAUGCUACUAUCUUUGGCGUCUCAGAGAGCGGAAUAUUUAGUACUGGAAUGGUCUGGAAUAUCCUGGCUCCAAGAGUUGGUAGAGUUCUGGAAGAGUCGAGAGAGAGGCGCUUUGCCGGGGAUAAUAGAGUUCACCGUCAUCAUCUUUGUAGCAAGUUUAGUUUGGGGAGAAAUAAGAUCUCUUUGGGAAAAUGGCCUCUUGGAGUACAUGAGUGAUUUGUGGAAUAUUGUAGACUUCAUUACCAAUGUGUUCUAUAUCGCUUGGAUAAGUUUGCGCUUCUCAUCCUGGUACAUCGUUCAGAGGGACUUCCACAACGGCAAGGAUCCAUGGUACCCACGAGAACGCUGGGACUCAUUUGAUCCGAUGUUGCUCUCGGAAGGAGCCUUCGCCGCCGGCAUGAUCUUCUCAUUCCUCAAGCUGGUCCACAUCUUCUCCAUAAACCCUUACUUGGGACCGCUGCAAGUGUCCUUGGGCAGGAUGAUCAUCGAUAUUAUCAAGUUCUUCUUCGUUUACAUGCUUGUGCUCUUUGCCUUUGGAUGCGGUCUUAACCAGUUGCUAUGGUAUUACGCUGAGUUAGAGAAGAAAAAAUGCUACCACCUUCCAAGCGGUGCACCAGACUUCGAUAAUCAAGAGCGAGCUUGCGAUAUAUGGAGACGCUAUGCAAACUUAUUCGAAACAUCUCAAUCACUCUUCUGGGCUUCCUUCGGUCUCGUCGAUCUGACCACCUUCGAAUUGACGGGAAUCAAAAGCUUCACCAGAUUCUGGGCGCUGCUGACAUUCGGAUCGUACUCCGUGAUCAAUAUCAUAGUGCUUCUAAACAUGCUUAUCGCUAUGAUGUCUAAUUCCUAUCAAAUUAUUUCGGAAAGAUCGGAUAUGGAAUGGAAAUUUGCGCGAAGCAACCUGUGGAUGUCCUACUUUGAGGAUGGUGAUACCGUCCCCCCACCAUUCAACAUCAUUCCCACCCCUAAAAACAUGAACAGCAUGAUGGGACGCUUUUUUGGCAACAAAUCGAGGGGUUCUAUUAUUAACAAGUCACGUGAAAAGGCAAGACAACAACACGAGUCUAUAAUGCGUGUGUUAGUUCGAAGAUAUGUGACAGCUGAACAAAGAGCAAGAGAUGAGGUUGGUGUAACUGAAGAUGAUGUCAUGGAAAUAAGGCAAGACAUAUCAACACUGCGAUACGAGCUCAUCGAUAUACUCGCUACAAAUGGAAUGAAGACGCCAAGAAUUAAUCUUCAGGACACAACAAUCGCUGGCAAGAAAGGAAAAGUUAUGGAAAGACGAAUUCUGAAGGACUUCCAAAUAGGAAUAGUUGAAGGCAUAAUCAAAGACGUCAUUUCCAAAGAGAGUAAACCGAAGGACGUGUUCAGUCAGAUCGCGAAAGCUAUUGGCAGACGAGGAAGUGAUGCGGAAAAGAAAAAAGAUUGGAAUGCCCAAGUGCGUAGGAGUACGAUUCGACGUGAUCCCAUCGGGUCCACUUCUGAGGCGAAAAGCAGACAGUCGCUUCGGCUUCAUAUUCUGGACAAUGUUCAGGGACGCACUAUCGAUCCACAGAAACUAUUACAAUUCAACCCGAACCUAUCAACGGUUACUCCAACGACCAGAGUUGCGUAUGCUAAGUUCAUGAGGAGCAAGAUCAAAUCAGAUUUCACGACUACAGAAGACGAGGGAGCUGCAGAAGUGGCAGACGAAGCUGUAGUGCCAGCGGCCGCCAAAGAUAUCAUCUUAGCUAAACUUCACACCUCCAUUCGAGCAAGGACGCCUAUCCCGGAGAAGGAAGAAAAAGAUGGUGGGGAAGUAAAUGAGAUCAAAGUAGAAGCAGAUAUUGAAAACAAAGGUUCAGGCUCUGAUGGUGGCUCCGAACAAACAAGACCUUUAACAUCAGAAACAUCCGACACAGGCACACCAGAUUCUGGACCAGCAGACAAGAAACCAGAACCGAAAGACCACGUCAUCCAAAUAGAUGAACCAGAAUCACCAUCAAAGAGUCUAUACAUGACUAAAGAAGAAGAUGAGAACUUACAAAAGCCUAUGUCACCAACUCCAAGUGGAUUAUCUCAACCAGAGCAAAUACUAUCAGCUGCAACCCUAGAAACAGAUCAAGAGAAAGCGAAAUCUGAUGCACCAUCUGUUGUAAUCACAGUUCCAGAAGAACCGGAGAAACCUAAACCUCCCAAACCUCCAAAAGAACCCAAACCAACCUCAAGUAAACCUGAUCCACCACCGCCUAAACCAAGCAUAGUUACCGAUAAAGGUAAAUCUAAAGUUACAGGGAAAAUUGUUUCCGGAUGGCUCUAGGUCAGUUAUUGCUUUUAAAUGUUAUAAUUAUAAAUAUUAUUGUUAUUUAUUUGCUGGCUUCGUUGAAAAUUUGUGCCUUAAUCAGGUUAAUUUUGUGUUUUAUAUAUUAGGUUUUUUGUUGAUGAAGUAAUAAUUAAUAUUAUAAUAAUGAAACUCGCCGUUAUUUUAAGCUUUCAGUAAUGUGGCAUCAUUACAUAUUCCUAUAAAGCUUUGAUAUUAUAUCAUUUAUUUUUAACUAGCAAUCAUCCGCGAAUUUCUACAACAUUACGUACAUUUAUCAUAAAUUUCUUCCUAAUAUAUGAUUUUAGUCAAACUAGAUAUCCAAUGUGUUAGCUUAAUCUAAACUGCAUUAAAACUCGCAUUUAAUUACAUUAAUUCCUUUAUCCAAAGGUUGUCUGACAGAUAUUGCUAUAAGCAAUAAGACCGCCUUUGCACAUACUUGUUUUCUAUGUUUACUUCGUUACUGUUAUUUUGUUUUGUGCAAUAAAGUAUAAAUAAAUAAAAAAUAAUAAAUAAAAUCGUUUUAUAAUUGUGUUCAAUACACAAUUACAAUUUCGGUUCCGACUUAUGUUAUUUUAGACACUCGAUGACUUUUAACAAACAUUGAAUUAAACUUGGAUUUUACGUUAUAGUGUAGAUUGAUUUACAUGACGUUUAAUAUUCAUGAAUUACACUUCUAUGAUAUUAUGGUUUUGACAAAUAUACAUGACACUCAAUGACAUUGAACAUUCAUCCCUUAUACAAAUGAUUUUUGUUAUAAUGUAGAUAAAUUUACAUGACGUUUAAUAUUCAUGAAUAUAUACACUUCUAUGUUAUAGUUUUAACAGAUUUUCAUGACAUUCAAUGCCGUUCAACAUUCAUGCCUUUAUACAUGUAAUAUUUGUUUUAAUGUAGAUAGAUUUACAUGACAUUUAAUAUUCGCAACUUCACUUCUAUGAAUAUCAUAUAAUUUUGACAGACUUUCAUGACAUUCAUUGACGUUAAACAUUUAAGCCUUUAUACAUGGGAUUUUUGUUGUAGAUAGAUUUACAGGAACUUCAACGUGCUAUACACUUUUCUAUACGUACACUUGGCGUCUUCUUGUAGUCUGGAUAGAAUUGAGUGACAUUCAACAUGCAUGCAUUUAAAUACGUGACUUUUGUGAGUUAUAUUGCAGUAAUCAUAAGAAAUCAUCACUAUCAUACUAGUUAAUAAGCUUCUUGAUAAAUAUAAUAGAAGUAAUAGUUAGUGAGAGACCAAAAAUGUUAACGUAUUAGUGAGAUAAUAAUAAUUAUUAAAAUAAAUAGCAAUAAUUAGAAUAAUUGAUUGAUUAUGUUGUUUGAGGAACGGUUUUAUUAGAAUUAAGAUUAUCGUCCUUUUGAUAAUGGAUUUACUAAAUAGUUUAUAAAUAAUUAAAUUAUUUAAAGGAUAUUAUGUGAGAAUGUAAUUUACUAUCUUCUAUCACUAUUUCAUAUAUAUUAGGUACAUUCAUCUGUAAAUGCACUUAAGGCUUUAUUUUAUUAUUCAAAUUCAAAUGAUAACUAUUAUACUAUUAUUAUUUUCUAGUUUUAGUUAAUCAUUAAGAAAUUUAUAAAUUCUAAAAUAAUUUCAUCAAAAAGCAAAAUCAUCAAUAUUAGCCUAUUUUAAAUAUCUCUUUUUCUCUUACCCUAUCUCCUUAUGAGUGAAGUGAUAUGGCGUUUGUUCCCGCCAUGCUGCUUCAAUAGGGGCUAACGGACUCUCUGCAAGAAUUACUAAAGCAGGUGUUAAUAUUUACAACCGGGAUCGAUAUGACCUGCUUUCCAAGGUAUGGGAGUGUAACAUUGCCAACUUUCCAAGCUACAACUUCUUGAAGGAAAAAAAAGGUUAUUUACCCCCCCAAUAAUCGAACUUACGACCUCGUUAGCUACUAUUUUACGACUACGUAACGAACAUAUUUAACCACUGCACCAUUAAGUCCGUUUUUUUGUUUCAAUCCAUGCAGGUUCUAUGAUUUAAGUAUAAUAUCCUGAGCCGUACAUAAUGAAAUUUAUAAAUUUCUAAUUAAUUAAUUUAGAAAUAUAAUUAAUAAUCAUCAAAUAUUUACACAACAUAUUUUUCUAUUUAUUUUUCAUAAUAUUCUUCUACCGUUGUUGAUUUGUGCUUGACUAUUGUAUGAAAUUACGGAUUAAAAAUAGCUAUGUAUAUUUUGAUGUGAAACUUACCAAAAUAAAUCUAUGUUUUCGUUG